GGAUAUAAACAGAUUAUAAGCCGACAACAAAUAUUACAAAACUUCAAACGUCUUCAGCCAUGAAAGCCUUUGUGUGUCUUUUGCUGAUUGGUGUCGCCGGCGUUACGGCCAAGCCUAAGCCAGGAGGAGGCGGUGGCUGGUCCUCGGGCGGCGGUGGCGGCGGCGGACAUGGCGGUGGCGGUGGCGGUGAUGUCCAAGUUAUCAAAGUCAUCACUGAAAGCGGUGGCGGCGGCGGCGGUGGCGGCUGGUCUUCCGGUGGCGGUGGAGGCGGUGGUUGGUCCUCUGGAGGUGGCGGCGGCGGCGGUGGCUGGGCUUCUUGCGGCGGCGGCGGCUGCGGCGGCGGUAGUGAUAUAAAGCUGAUCAAGAUCAUCAGUCUGGGCGGCGGUGGAGGCUGAUGCGGCGGACAUGGUGGCGGAUAUGGUGGCGGACAUGGCGGCGGCGGUGGCGGACAUGGCGGCGGCGGCGGCGGUGGUGCCACCAAGAUCAUCAAAAUUAUUAAGCUAGGCGGCGGCGGUGGUGGCGGUCACGGUGGCGGCGGCGGCGGUGGUGGCUGGUCCUCCGGUGGUGGUGGCGGCGGCGGUGGCUGGCAGCCAUCUGGUGGCUGGGCCUGA